AUGCCUCACAUCCCGCUGACACCUCGAGAGGCACGCGGAGUUCAUUGCUUCAAAAGGCUCAAGACGUAUGCCAACUUCCCAGAAGCACCUCAGGAGGAGGCUUCUCUCAGCAAUAGGCUCAAGACGUAUGCCAACUUCCCAGAAGCACCUCAGGAGGAGGCUUCUCUCAGCAAUAGGCUCAAGACGUAUGCCAACUUCCCAGAAGCACCUCAGGAGGAGGCUUCUCUCAGCAAUAGGCUCAAGACGUAUGCCAACUUCCCAGAAGCACCUCAGGAGGAGGCUUCUCUCAGCAAUAGGCUCAAGACGUAUGCCAACUUCCCAGAAGCACCUCAGGAGGAGGCUUCUCUCAGCAAUAGGCUCAAGACGUAUGCCAACUUCCCAGAAGCACCUCAGGAGGAGGCUUCUCUCAGCAAUAGGCUCAAGACGUAUGCCAACUUCCCAGAAGCACCUCAGGAGGAGGCUUCUCUCAGCAAUAGGCUCAAGACGUAUGCCAACUUCCAAGAAGCACCUCAGGAGGAGGCUUCUCUCAGCAAUAGGCUCAAGACGUAUGCCAACCUCCCAGAAGCACCUCAGGAGGAGGCUUCUCUCAGCAAUAGGCUCAAGACAUAUGCCAACUUCCCAGAAGCACCUCAGGAGGAGGCUUCUCUCAGCAAUAGGCUCAAGACGUAUGCCAACUUCCCAGAAGCACCUCAGGAGGAGGCUUCUCUCAGCAAUAGGCUCAAGACGUAUGCCAACUUCCCAGAAGCACCUCAGGAGGAGGCUUCUCUCAGCAAUAGGCUCAAGACGUAUGCCAACUUCCCAGAAGCACCUCAGGAGGAGGCUUCUCUCAGCAAUAGGCUCAAGACGUAUGCCAACUUCCCAGAAGCACCUCAGGAGGAGGCUUCUCUCAGCAAUAGGCUCAAGACGUAUGCCAACUUCCCAGAAGCACCUCAGGAGGAGGCUUCUCUCAGCAAUAGGCUCAAGACGUAUGCCAACUUCCCAGAAGCACCUCAGGAGGAGGCUUCUCUCAGCAAUAGGCUCAAGACGUAUGCCAACUUCCCAGAAGCACCUCAGGAGGAGGCUUCUCUCAGCAAUAGGCUCAAGACGUAUGCCAACUUCCCAGAAGCACCUCAGGAGGAGGCUUCUCUCAGCAAUAGGCUCAAGACGUAUGCCAACCUCCCAGAAGCACCUCAGGAGGAGGCUUCUCUCAGCAAUAGGCUCAAGACAUAUGCCAACUUCCCAGAAGCACCUCAGGAGGAGGCUUCUCUCAGCAAUAGGCUCAAGACGUAUGCCAACCUCCCAGAAGCACCUCAGGAGGAGGCUUCUCUCAGCAAUAGGCUCAAGACAUAUGCCAACUUCCCAGAAGCACCUCAGGAGGAGGCUUCUCUCAGCAAUAGGCUCAAGACGUAUGCCAACUUCCCAGAAGCACCUCAGGAGGAGGCUUCUCUCAGCAAUAGGCUCAAGACGUAUGCCAACUUCCCAGAAGCACCUCAGGAGGAGGCUUCUCUCAGCAAUAGGCUCAAGACGUAUGCCAACUUCCCAGAAGCACCUCAGGAGGAGGCUUCUCUCAGCAAUAGGCUCAAGACGUAUGCCAACCUCCCAGAAGCACCUCAGGAGGAGGCUUCUCUCAGCAAUAGGCUCAAGACGUAUGCCAACUUCCCAGAAGCACCUCAGGAGGAGGCUUCUCUCAGCAAUAGGCUCAAGACGUAUGCCAACUUCCCAGAAGCACCUCAGGAGGAGGCUUCUCUCAGCAAUAGGCUCAAGACGUAUGCCAACCUCCCAGAAGCACCUCAGGAGGAGGCUUCUCUCAGCAAUAGGCUCAAGACGUAUGCCAACUUCCAAGAAGCACCUCAGGAGGAGGCUUCUCUCAGCAAUAGGCUCAAGACGUAUGCCAACCUCCCAGAAGCACCUCAGGAGGAGGCUUCUCUCAGCAAUAGGCUCAAGACGUAUGCCAACUUCCCAGAAGCACCUCAGGAGGAGGCUUCUCUCAGCAAUAGGCUCAAGACGGAUGCCAACUUCCCAGAAGCACCUCAGGAGGAGGCUUCUCUCAGCAAUAGGCUCAAGACGUAUGCCAACUUCCAAGAAGCACCUCAGGAGGAGGCUUCUCUCAGCAAUAGGCUCAAGACGUAUGCCAACCUCCCAGAAGCACCUCAGGAGGAGGCUUCUCUCAGCAAUAGGCUCAAGACGUAUGCCAACUUCCCAGAAGCACCUCAGGAGGAGGCUUCUCUCAGCAAUAGGCUCAAGACGGAUGCCAACUUCCCAGAAGCACCUCAGGAGGAGGCUUCUCUCAGCAAUAGGCUCAAGACGUAUGCCAACUUCCCAGAAGCACCUCAGGAGGAGGCUUCUCUCAGCAAUAGGCUCAAGACGUAUGCCAACUUCCCAGAAGCACCUCAGGAGGAGGCUUCUCUCAGCAAUAGGCUCAAGACGUAUGCCAACUUCCCAGAAGCACCUCAGGAGGAGGCUUCUCUCAGCAAUAGGCUCAAGACGUAUGCCAACUUCCCAGAAGCACCUCAGGAGGAGGCUUCUCUCAGCAAUAGGCUCAAGACGUAUGCCAACUUCCCAGAAGCACCUCAGGAGGAGGCUUCUCUCAGCAAUAGGCUCAAGACGUAUGCCAACUUCCCAGAAGCACCUCAGGAGGAGGCUUCUCUCAGCAAUAGGCUCAAGACGUAUGCCAACUUCCCAGAAGCACCUCAGGAGGAGGCUUCUCUCAGCAAUAGGCUCAAGACGUAUGCCAACUUCCCAGAAGCACCUCAGGAGGAGGCUUCUCUCAGCAAUAGGCUCAAGACGUAUGCCAACUUCCCAGAAGCACCUCAGGAGGAGGCUUCUCUCAGCAAUAGGCUCAAGACGUAUGCCAACUUCCCAGAAGCACCUCAGGAGGAGGCUUCUCUCAGCAAUAGGCUCAAGACGUAUGCCAACUUCCCAGAAGCACCUCAGGAGGAGGCUUCUCUCAGCAAUAGGCUCAAGACGUAUGCCAACUUCCCAGAAGCACCUCAGGAGGAGGCUUCUCUCAGCAAUAGGCUCAAGACGUAUGCCAACUUCCCAGAAGCACCUCAGGAGGAGGCUUCUCUCAGCAAUAGGCUCAAGACGUAUGCCAACUUCCCAGAAGCACCUCAGGAGGAGGCUUCUCUCAGCAAUAGGCUCAAGACGUAUGCCAACUUCCCAGAAGCACCUCAGGAGGAGGCUUCUCUCAGCAAUAGGCUCAAGACGUAUGCCAACUUCCCAGAAGCACCUCAGGAGGAGGCUUCUCUCAGCAAUAGGCUCAAGACGUAUGCCAACUUCCCAGAAGCACCUCAGGAGGAGGCUUCUCUCAGCAAUAGGCUCAAGACGUAUGCCAACUUCCCAGAAGCACCUCAGGAGGAGGCUUCUCUCAGCAAUAGGCUCAAGACGUAUGCCAACUUCCCAGAAGCACCUCAGGAGGAGGCUUCUCUCAGCAAUAGGCUCAAGACCUAUGCCAACUUCCCAGAAGCACCUCAGGAGGAGGCUUCUCUCAGCAAUAGGCUCAAGACGUAUGCCAACUUCCCAGAAGCACCUCAGGAGGAGGCUUCUCUCAGCAAUAGGCUCAAGACGUAUGCCAACUUCCCAGAAGCACCACAGGAGGAGGCUUCUCUCAGCAAUAGGCUCAAGACGUAUGCCAACUUCCCAGAAGCACCUCAGGAGGAGGCUUCUCUCAGCAAUAGGCUCAAGACCUAUGCCAACUUCCCAGAAGCACCUCAGGAGGAGGCUUCUCUCAGCAAUAGGCUCAAGACGUAUGCCAACUUCCCAGAAGCACCUCAGGAGGAGGCUUCUCUCAGCAAUAGGCUCAAGACGUAUGCCAACUUCCCAGAAGCACCUCAGGAGGAGGCUUCUCUCAGCAAUAGGCUCAAGACCUAUGCCAACUUCCCAGAAGCACCUCAGGAGGAGGCUUCUCUCAGCAAUAGGCUCAAGACCUAUGCCAACUUCCCAGAAGCACCUCAAGAGGAGGCUUCUCUCAGCAAUAGGCUCAAGACGUAUGCCAACUUCCCAGAAGCACCUCAGGAGGAGGCUUCUCUCAGCAAUAGGCUCAAGACCUAUGCCAACUUCCCAGAAGCACCUCAGGAGGAGGCUUCUCUCAGCAAUAGGCUCAAGACGUAUGCCAACUUCCCAGAAGCACCUCAGGAGGAGGCUUCUCUCAGCAAUAGGCUCAAGACCUAUGCCAACUUCCCAGAAGCACCUCAGGAGGAGGCUUCUCUCAGCAAUAGGCUCAAGACCUAUGCCAACUUCCCAGAAGCACCUCAAGAGGAGGCUUCUCUCAGCAAUAGGCUCAAGACGUAUGCCAACUUCCCAGAAGCACCUCAGGAGGAGGCUUCUCUCAGCAAUAGGCUCAAGACCUAUGCCAACUUCCCAGAAGCACCUCAGGAGGAGGCUUCUCUCAGCAAUAGGCUCAAGACCUAUGCCAACUUCCCAGAAGCACCUCAGGAGGAGGCUUCUCUCAGCAAUAGGCUCAAGACCUAUGCCAACUUCCCAGAAGCACCUCAAGAGGAGGCUUCUCUCAGCAAUAGGCUCAAGACGUAUGCCAACUUCCCAGAAGCACCUCAGGAGGAGGCUUCUCUCAGCAAUAGGCUCAAGACGUAUGCCAACUUCCCAGAAGCACCUCAGGAGGAGGCUUCUCUCAGCAAUAGGCUCAAGACGUAUGCCAACUUCCCAGAAGCACCUCAGGAGGAGGCUUCUCUCAGCAAUAGGCUCAAGACGUAUGCCAACUUCCCAGAAGCACCUCAGGAGGAGGCUUCUCUCAGCAAUAGGCUCAAGACGUAUGCCAACUUCCCAGAAGCACCUCAGGAGGAGGCUUCUCUCAGCAAUAGGCUCAAGACGUAUGCCAACUUCCCAGAAGCACCUCAGGAGGAGGCUUCUCUCAGCAAUAGGCUCAAGACGUAUGCCAACUUCCCAGAAGCACCUCAGGAGGAGGCUUCUCUCAGCAAUAGGCUCAAGGCGUAUGCCAACUUCCCAGAAGCACCUCAGGAGGAGGCUUCUCUCAGCAAUAGGCUCAAGACGUAUGCCAACUUCCCAGAAGCACCUCAGGAGGAGGCUUCUCUCAGCAAUAGGCUCAAGACGUAUGCCAACUUCCCAGAAGCACCUCAGGAGGAGGCUUCUCUCAGCAAUAGGCUCAAGGCGUAUGCCAACUUCCCAGAAGCACCUCAGGAGGAGGCUUCUCUCAGCAAUAGGCUCAAGACGUAUGCCAACUUCCCAGAAGCACCUCAGGAGGAGGCUUCUCUCAGCAAUAGGCUCAAGACGUAUGCCAACUUCCCAGAAGCACCUCAGGAGGAGGCUUCUCUCAGCAAUAGGCUCAAGACGUAUGCCAACUUCCCAGAAGCACCUCAGGAGGAGGCUUCUCUCAGCAAUAGGCUCAAGACGUAUGCCAACUUCCCAGAAGCACCUCAGGAGGAGGCUUCUCUCAGCAAUAGGCUCAAGACGUAUGCCAACUUCCCAGAAGCACCUCAGGAGGAGGCUUCUCUCAGCAAUAGGCUCAAGACGUAUGCCAACUUCCCAGAAGCACCUCAGGAGGAGGCUUCUCUCAGCAAUAGGCUCAAGACGUAUGCCAACUUCCCAGAAGCACCUCAGGAGGAGGCUUCUCUCAGCAAUAGGCUCAAGACGUAUGCCAACUUCCCAGAAGCACCUCAGGAGGAGGCUUCUCUCAGCAAUAGGCUCAAGACGUAUGCCAACUUCCCAGAAGCACCUCAGGAGGAGGCUUCUCUCAGCAAUAGGCUCAAGACGUAUGCCAACUUCCCAGAAGCACCUCAGGAGGAGGCUUCUCUCAGCAAUAGGCUCAAGACGUAUGCCAACUUCCCAGAAGCACCUCAGGAGGAGGCUUCUCUCAGCAAUAGGCUCAAGACGUAUGCCAACUUCCCAGAAGCACCUCAGGAGGAGGCUUCUCUCAGCAAUAGGCUCAAGACGUAUGCCAACUUCCCAGAAGCACCUCAGGAGGAGGCUUCUCUCAGCAAUAGGCUCAAGACGUAUGCCAACUUCCCAGAAGCACCUCAGGAGGAGGCUUCUCUCAGCAAUAGGCUCAAGACGUAUGCCAACUUCCCAGAAGCACCUCAGGAGGAGGCUUCUCUCAGCAAUAGGCUCAAGACGUAUGCCAACUUCCCAGAAGCACCUCAGGAGGAGGCUUCUCUCAGCAAUAGGCUCAAGACGUAUGCCAACUUCCCAGAAGCACCUCAGGAGGAGGCUUCUCUCAGCAAUAGGCUCAAGACGUAUGCCAACUUCCCAGAAGCACCUCAGGAGGAGGCUUCUCUCAGCAAUAGGCUCAAGACGUAUGCCAACUUCCCAGAAGCACCUCAGGAGGAGGCUUCUCUCAGCAAUAGGCUCAAGACGUAUGCCAACUUCCCAGAAGCACCUCAGGAGGAGGAUUCUCUCAGCAAUAGGCUCAAGACGUAUGCCAACUUCCCAGAAGCACCUCAGGAGGAGGCUUCUCUCAGCAAUAGGCUCAAGACGUAUGCCAACUUCCCAGAAGCACCUCAGGAGGAGGCUUCACUCAGCAAUAGGCUCAAGACGUAUGCCAACUUCCCAGAAGCACCACAGGAGGAGGCUUCUCUCAGCAAUAGGCUCAAGACGUAUGCCAACUUCCCAGAAGCACCUCAGGAGGAGGCUUCUCUCAGCAAUAGGCUCAAGACGUAUGCCAACUUCCCAGAAGCACCUCAGGAGGAGGCUUCUCUCAGCAAUAGGCUCAAGACGUAUGCCAACUUCCCAGAAGCACCUCAGGAGGAGGCUUCUCUCAGCAAUAGGCUCAAGACGUAUGCCAACUUCCCAGAAGCACCUCAGGAGGAGACUUCUCUCAGCAAUAGGCUCAAGACGUAUGCCAACUUCCCAGAAGCACCUCAGGAGGAGGCUUCUCUCAGCAAUAGGCUCAAGACGUAUGCCAACUUCCCAGAAGCACCUCAGGAGGAGGCUUCUCUCAGCAAUAGGCUCAAGACGUAUGCCAACUUCCCAGAAGCACCUCAGGAGGAGGCUUCUCUCAGCAAUAGGCUCAAGACGUAUGCCAACUUCCCAGAAGCACCACAGGAGGAGGCUUCUCUCAGCAAUAGGCUCAAGACGUAUGCCAACUUCCCAGAAGCACCUCAGGAGGAGGCUUCUCUCAGCAAUAGGCUCAAGACGUAUGCCAACUUCCCAGAAGCACCUCAGGAGGAGGCUUCUCUCAGCAAUAGGCUCAAGACGUAUGCCAACUUCCCAGAAGCACCUCAGGAGGAGGCUUCUCUCAGCAAUAGGCUCAAGACGUAUGCCAACUUCCCAGAAGCACCUCAGGAGGAGGCUUCUCUCAGCAAUAGGCUCAAGACGUAUGCCAACUUCCCAGAAGCACCUCAGGAGGAGGCUUCUCUCAGCAAUAGGCUCAAGACGUAUGCCAACUUCCCAGAAGCACCUCAGGAGGAGGCUUCUCUCAGCAAUAGGCUCAAGACGUAUGCCAACCUCCCAGAAGCACCUCAGGAGGAGGCUUCUCUCAGCAAUAGGCUCAAGACGUAUGCCAACUUCCCAGAAGCACCUCAGGAGGAGGCUUCUCUCAGCAAUAGGCUCAAGACGUAUGCCAACUUCCCAGAAGCACCUCAGGAGGAGGCUUCUCUCAGCAAUAGGCUCAAGACGUAUGCCAACUUCCCAGAAGCACCUCAGGAGGAGGCUUCUCUCAGCAAUAGGCUCAAGACGUAUGCCAACUUCCCAGAAGCACCUCAGGAGGAGGCUUCUCUCAGCAAUAGGCUCAAGACGUAUGCCAACUUCCCAGAAGCACCUCAGGAGGAGGCUUCUCUCAGCAAUAGGCUCAAGACGUAUGCCAACUUCCCAGAAGCACCUCAGGAGGAGGCUUCUCUCAGCAAUAGGCUCAAGACGUAUGCCAACUUCCCAGAAGCACCUCAGGAGGAGGCUUCUCUCAGCAAUAGGCUCAAGACGUAUGCCAACUUCCCAGAAGCACCUCAGGAGGAGGCUUCUCUCAGCAAUAGGCUCAAGACGUAUGCCAACCUCCCAGAAGCACCUCAGGAGGAGGCUUCUCUCAGCAAUAGGCUCAAGACAUAUGCCAACUUCCCAGAAGCACCUCAGGAGGAGGCUUCUCUCAGCAAUAGGCUCAAGACGUAUGCCAACUUCCCAGAAGCACCUCAGGAGGAGGCUUCUCUCAGCAAUAGGCUCAAGACGUAUGCCAACUUCCCAGAAGCACCUCAGGAGGAGGCUUCUCUCAGCAAUAGGCUCAAGACGUAUGCCAACUUCCCAGAAGCACCUCAGGAGGAGGCUUCUCUCAGCAAUAGGCUCAAGACGUAUGCCAACUUCCCAGAAGCACCUCAGGAGGAGGCUUCUCUCAGCAAUAGGCUCAAGACGUAUGCCAACCUCCCAGAAGCACCUCAGGAGGAGGCUUCUCUCAGCAAUAGGCUCAAGACGUAUGCCAACUUCCCAGAAGCACCUCAGGAGGAGGCUUCUCUCAGCAAUAGGCUCAAGACGUAUGCCAACUUCCCAGAAGCACCUCAGGAGGAGGCUUCUCUCAGCAAUAGGCUCAAGACGUAUGCCAACUUCCCAGAAGCACCUCAGGAGGAGGCUUCUCUCAGCAAUAGGCUCAAGACGUAUGCCAACUUCCCAGAAGCACCUCAGGAGGAGGCUUCUCUCAGCAAUAGGCUCAAGACGUAUGCCAACUUCCCAGAAGCACCUCAGGAGGAGGCUUCUCUCAGCAAUAGGCUCAAGACGUAUGCCAACUUCCCAGAAGCACCUCAGGAGGAGGCUUCUCUCAGCAAUAGGCUCAAGACGUAUGCCAACUUCCCAGAAGCACCUCAGGAGGAGGCUUCUCUCAGCAAUAGGCUCAAGACGUAUGCCAACUUCCCAGAAGCACCUCAGGAGGAGGCUUCUCUCAGCAAUAGGCUCAAGACGUAUGCCAACCUCCCAGAAGCACCUCAGGAGGAGGCUUCUCUCAGCAAUAGGCUCAAGACAUAUGCCAACUUCCCAGAAGCACCUCAGGAGGAGGCUUCUCUCAGCAAUAGGCUCAAGACGUAUGCCAACUUCCCAGAAGCACCUCAGGAGGAGGCUUCUCUCAGCAAUAGGCUCAAGACGUAUGCCAACUUCCCAGAAGCACCUCAGGAGGAGGCUUCUCUCAGCAAUAGGCUCAAGACGUAUGCCAACUUCCCAGAAGCACCUCAGGAGGAGGCUUCUCUCAGCAAUAGGCUCAAGACGUAUGCCAACUUCCCAGAAGCACCUCAGGAGGAGGCUUCUCUCAGCAAUAGGCUCAAGACGUAUGCCAACUUCCCAGAAGCACCUCAGGAGGAGGCUUCUCUCAGCAAUAGGCUCAAGACGUAUGCCAACUUCCCAGAAGCACCUCAGGAGGAGGCUUCUCUCAGCAAUAGGCUCAAGACGUAUGCCAACCUCCCAGAAGCACCUCAGGAGGAGGCUUCUCUCAGCAAUAGGCUCAAGACAUAUGCCAACUUCCCAGAAGCACCUCAGGAGGAGGCUUCUCUCAGCAAUAGGCUCAAGACGUAUGCCAACUUCCCAGAAGCACCUCAGGAGGAGGCUUCUCUCAGCAAUAGGCUCAAGACGUAUGCCAACUUCCCAGAAGCACCUCAGGAGGAGGCUUCUCUCAGCAAUAGGCUCAAGACGUAUGCCAACUUCCCAGAAGCACCUCAGGAGGAGGCUUCUCUCAGCAAUAGGCUCAAGACGUAUGCCAACUUCCCAGAAGCACCUCAGGAGGAGGCUUCUCUCAGCAAUAGGCUCAAGACGUAUGCCAACCUCCCAGAAGCACCUCAGGAGGAGGCUUCUCUCAGCAAUAGGCUCAAGACGUAUGCCAACUUCCCAGAAGCACCUCAGGAGGAGGCUUCUCUCAGCAAUAGGCUCAAGACGUAUGCCAACUUCCCAGAAGCACCUCAGGAGGAGGCUUCUCUCAGCAAUAGGCUCAAGACGUAUGCCAACCUCCCAGAAGCACCUCAGGAGGAGGCUUCUCUCAGCAAUAGGCUCAAGACGUAUGCCAACUUCCAAGAAGCACCUCAGGAGGAGGCUUCUCUCAGCAAUAGGCUCAAGACGUAUGCCAACCUCCCAGAAGCACCUCAGGAGGAGGCUUCUCUCAGCAAUAGGCUCAAGACGUAUGCCAACUUCCCAGAAGCACCUCAGGAGGAGGCUUCUCUCAGCAAUAGGCUCAAGACGGAUGCCAACUUCCCAGAAGCACCUCAGGAGGAGGCUUCUCUCAGCAAUAGGCUCAAGACGUAUGCCAACUUCCAAGAAGCACCUCAGGAGGAGGCUUCUCUCAGCAAUAGGCUCAAGACGUAUGCCAACUUCCCAGAAGCACCUCAGGAGGAGGCUUCUCUCAGCAAUAGGCUCAAGACGGAUGCCAACUUCCCAGAAGCACCUCAGGAGGAGGCUUCUCUCAGCAAUAGGCUCAAGACGUAUGCCAACCUCCCAGAAGCACCUCAGGAGGAGGCUUCUCUCAGCAAUAGGCUCAAGACGUAUGCCAACUUCCCAGAAGCACCUCAGGAGGAGGCUUCUCUCAGCAAUAGGCUCAAGACGUAUGCCAACUUCCCAGAAGCACCUCAGGAGGAGGCUUCUCUCAGCAAUAGGCUCAAGACGUAUGCCAACUUCCCAGAAGCACCACAGGAGGAGGCUUCUAUCAGCAAUAGGCUCAAGACGUAUGCCAACUUCCCAGAAGCACCUCAGGAGGAGGCUUCUCUCUGCAAUAGGCUCAAGACGUAUGCCAACUUCCCAGAAGCACCUCAGGAGGAGGCUUCUCUCAGCAAUAGGCUCAAGACGUAUGCCAACCUCCCAGAAGCACCUCAGGAGGAGGCUUCUCUCAGCAAUAGGCUCAAGACGUAUGCCAACUUCCCAGAAGCACCUCAGGAGGAGGCUUCUCUCUGCAAUAGGCUCAAGACGUAUGCCAACUUCCCAGAAGCACCUCAGGAGGAGGCUUCUCUCAGCAAUAGGCUCAAGACGUAUGCCAACCUCCCAGAAGCACCUCAGGAGGAGGCUUCUCUCAGCAAUAGGCUCAAGACGUAUGCCAACUUCCCAGAAGCACCUCAGGAGGAGGCUUCUCUCAGCAAUAGGCUCAAGACGUAUGCCAACUUCCCAGAAGCACCUCAGGAGGAGGCUUCUCUCAGCAAUAGGCUCAAGACGUAUGCCAACCUCCCAGAAGCACCUCAGGAGGAGGCUUCUCUCAGCAAUAGGCUCAAGACGUAUGCCAACUUCCCAGAAGCACCUCAGGAGGAGGCUUCUCUCAGCAAUAGGCUCAAGACGUAUGCCAACUUCCCAGAAGCACCACAGGAGGAGGCUUCUCUCAGCAAUAGGCUCAAGACGUAUGCCAACUUCCCAGAAGCACCUCAGGAGGAGGCUUCUCUCAGCAAUAGGCUCAAGACGUAUGCCAACUUCCCAGAAGCACCUCAGGAGGAGGCUUCUCUCAGCAAUAGGCUCAAGACGUAUGCCAACCUCCCAGAAGCACCUCAGGAGGAGGCUUCUCUCAGCAAUAGGCUCAAGACGUAUGCCAACCUCCCAGAAGCACCUCAGGAGGAGGCUUCUCUCAGCAAUAGGCUCAAGACGUAUGCCAACUUAACAGAAGCACCUCAGGAGGAGGCUUCUCUCAGCAAUAGGCUCAAGACGUAUGCCAACUUCCCAAGAGCACCACAGGAGGAGGCUUCUCUCAGCAAUAGGCUCAAGACGUAUGCCAACUUCCCAGAAGCACCUCAGGAGGAGGCUUCUCUCAGCAAUAGGCUCAAGACGUAUGCCAACUUCCCAGAAGCACCUCAGGAGGAGGCUUCUCUCAGCAAUAGGCUCAAGACGUAUGCCAACUUCCCAGAAGAACCUCAGGUGGAGGCUUCUCUCAGCAAUAGGCUCAAGACGUAUGCCAACCUCCCAGAAGCACCUCAGGAGGAGGCUUCUCUCAGCAAUAGGCUCAAGACGUAUGCCAACUUCCCAGAAGCACCACAGGAGGAGGCUUCUCUCAGCAAUAGGCUCAAGACGUAUGCCAACUUCCCAGAAGAACCUCAGGUGGAGGCUUCUCUCAGCAAUAGGCUCAAGACGUAUGCCAACCUCCCAGAAGCACCUCAGGAGGAGGCUUCUCUCAGCAAUAGGCUCAAGACGUAUGCCAACCUCCCAGAAGCACCUCAGGAGGAGGCUUCUCUCAGCAAUAGGCUCAAGACGUAUGCCAACUUCCCAGAAGCACCUCAGGAGGAGGCUUCUCUCUGCAAUAGGCUCAAGACGUAUGCCAACUUCCCAGAAGCACCUCAGGAGGAGGCUUCUCUCAGCAAUAGGCUCAAGACGUAUGCCAACUUCCCAGAAGCACCUCAGGAGGAGGCUUCUCUCAGCAAUAGGCUCAAGACGUAUGCCAACUUCCCAGAAGCACCUCAGGAGGAGGCUUCUCUCAGCAAUAGGCUCAAGACGUAUGCCAACUUCCCAGAAGCACCACAGGAGGAGGCUUCUCUCAGCAAUAGGCUCAAGACGUAUGCCAACUUCCCAGAAGAACCUCAGGUGGAGGCUUCUCUCAGCAAUAGGCUCAAGACGUAUGCCAACCUCCCAGAAGCACCUCAGGAGGAGGCUUCUCUCAGCAAUAGGCUCAAGACGUAUGCCAACUUCCCAGAAGCACCACAGGAGGAGGCUUCUCUCAGCAAUAGGCUCAAGACGUAUGCCAACUUCCCAGAAGAACCUCAGGUGGAGGCUUCUCUCAGCAAUAGGCUCAAGACGUAUGCCAACCUCCCAGAAGCACCUCAGGAGGAGGCUUCUCUCAGCAAUAGGCUCAAGACGUAUGCCAACCUCCCAGAAGCACCUCAGGAGGAGGCUUCUCUCAGCAAUAGGCUCAAGACGUAUGCCAACUUCCCAGAAGCACCUCAGGAGGAGGCUUCUCUCUGCAAUAGGCUCAAGACGUAUGCCAACUUCCCAGAAGCACCUCAGGAGGAGGCUUCUCUCAGCAAUAGGCUCAAGACGUAUGCCAACUUCCCAGAAGCACCACAGGAGGAGGCUUCUAUCAGCAAUAGGCUCAAGACGUAUGCCAACUUCCCAGAAGCACCUCAGGAGGAGGCUUCUCUCAGCAAUAGGCUCAAGACGUAUGCCAACUUCCCAGAAGCACCUCAGGAGGAGGCUUCUCUCAGCAAUAGGCUCAAGACGUAUGCCAACUUCCCAGAAGCACCUCAGGAGGAGGCUUCUCUCAGCAAUAGGCUCAAGACGUAUGCCAACCUCCCAGAAGCACCUCAGGAGGAGGCUUCUCUCAGCAAUAGGCUCAAGACGUAUGCCAACCUCCCAGAAGCACCUCAGGAGGAGGCUUCUCUCAGCAAUAGGCUCAAGACGUAUGCCAACUUCCCAGAAGCACCUCAGGAGGAGGCUUCUCUCAGCAAUAGGCUCAAGACGUAUGCCAACUUCCCAGAAGCACCACAGGAGGAGGCUUCUCUCAGCAAUAGGCUCAAGACGUAUGCCAACUUCCCAGAAGCACCUCAGGAGGAGGCUUCUCUCAGCAAUAGGCUCAAGACGUAUGCCAACUUCCCAGAAGCACCUCAGGAGGAGGCUUCUCUCAGCAAUAGGCUCAAGACGUAUGCCAACUUCCCAGAAGCACCUCAGGAGGAGGCUUCUCUCAGCAAUAGGCUCAAGACGUAUGCCAACUUCCCAGAAGCACCUCAGGAGGAGGCUUCUCUCAGCAAUAGGCUCAAGACGUAUGCCAACUUCCCAGAAGCACCACAGGAGGAGGCUUCUCUCAGCAAUAGGCUCAAGACGUAUGCCAACUUCCCAGAAGCACCUCAGGAGGAGGCUUCUCUCAGCAAUAGGCUCAAGACGUAUGCCAACUUCCCAGAAGCACCUCAGGAGGAGGCUUCUCUCAGCAAUAGGCUCAAGACGUAUGCCAACUUCCCAGAAGCACCUCAGGAGGAGGCUUCUCUCAGCAAUAGGCUCAAGACGUAUGCCAACUUCCCAGAAGCACCUCAGGAGGAGGCUUCUCUCAGCAAUAGGCUCAAGACGUAUGCCAACUUCCCAGAAGCACCACAGGAGGAGGCUUCUCUCAGCAAUAGGCUCAAGACGUAUGCCAACUUCCCAGAAGCACCUCAGGAGGAGGCUUCUCUCAGCAAUAGGCUCAAGACGUAUGCCAACUUCCCAGAAGCACCUCAGGAGGAGGCUUCUCUCAGCAAUAGGCUCAAGACGUAUGCCAACUUCCCAGAAGCACCACAGGAGGAGGCUUCUCUCAGCAAUAGGCUCAAGACGUAUGCCAACUUCCCAGAAGAACCUCAGGUGGAGGCUUCUCUCAGCAAUAGGCUCAAGACGUAUGCCAACUUCCCAGAAGCACCUCAGGAGGAGGCUUCUCUCAGCAAUAGGCUCAAGACGUAUGCCAACUUCCCAGAAGCACCACAGGAGGAGGCUUCUCUCAGCAAUAGGCUCAAGACGUAUGCCAACUUCCCAGAAGCACCUCAGGAGGAGGCUUCUCUCAGCAAUAGGCUCAAGACGUAUGCCAACUUCCCAGAAGCACCACAGGAGGAGGCUUCUCUCAGCAAUAGGCUCAAGACGUAUGCCAACUUCCCAGAAGCACCUCAGGAGGAGGCUUCUCUCAGCAAUAGGCUCAAGACGUAUGCCAACUUCCCAGAAGCACCACAGGAGGAGGCUUCUCUCAGCAAUAGGCUCAAGACGUAUGCCAACUUCCCAGAAGAACCUCAGGUGGAGGCUUCUCUCAGCAAUAGGCUCAAGACGUAUGCCAACUUCCCAGAAGCACCUCAGGAGGAGGCUUCUCUCAGCAAUAGGCUCAAGACGUAUGCCAACUUCCCAGAAGCACCUCAGGAGGAGGCUUCUCUCAGCAAUAGGCUCAAGACGUAUGCCAACUUCCCAGAAGCACCUCAGGAGGAGGCUUCUCUCAGCAAUAGGCUCAAGACGUAUGCCAACUUCCCAGAAGCACCUCAGGAGGAGGCUUCUCUCAGCAAUAGGCUCAAGACGUAUGCCAACUUCCCAGAAGCACCUCAGGAGGAGGCUUCUCUCAGCAAUAGGCUCAAGACGUAUGCCAACUUCCCAGAAGCACCUCAGGAGGAGGCUUCUCUCAGCAAUAGGCUCAAGACGUAUGCCAACUUCCCAGAAGCACCACAGGAGGAGGCUUCUCUCAGCAAUAGGCUCAAGACGUAUGCCAACUUCCCAGAAGAACCUCAGGUGGAGGCUUCUCUCAGCAAUAGGCUCAAGACGUAUGCCAACUUCCCAGAAGCACCUCAGGAGGAGGCUUCUCUCAGCAAUAGGCUCAAGACGUAUGCCAACUUCCCAGAAGCACCACAGGAGGAGGCUUCUCUCAGCAAUAGGCUCAAGACGUAUGCCAACUUCCCAGAAGCACCUCAGGAGGAGGCUUCUCUCAGCAAUAGGCUCAAGACGUAUGCCAACUUCCCAGAAGCACCACAGGAGGAGGCUUCUCUCAGCAAUAGGCUCAAGACGUAUGCCAACUUCCCAGAAGCACCUCAGGAGGAGGCUUCUCUCAGCAAUAGGCUCAAGACGUAUGCCAACUUCCCAGAAGCACCUCAGGAGGAGGCUUCUCUCAGCAAUAGGCUCAAGACGUAUGCCAACUUCCCAGAAGCACCACAGGAGGAGGCUUCUCUCAGCAAUAGGCUCAAGACGUAUGCCAACUUCCCAGAAGAACCUCAGGUGGAGGCUUCUCUCAGCAAUAGGCUCAAGACGUAUGCCAACUUCCCAGAAGCACCUCAGGAGGAGGCUUCUCUCAGCAAUAGGCUCAAGACGUAUGCCAACUUCCCAGAAGCACCACAGGAGGAGGCUUCUCUCAGCAAUAGGCUCAAGACGUAUGCCAACUUCCCAGAAGCACCACAGGAGGAGGCUUCUCUCAGCAAUAGGCUCAAGACGUAUGCCAACUUCCCAGAAGCACCUCAGGAGGAGGCUUCUCUCAGCAAUAGGCUCAAGACGUAUGCCAACUUCCCAGAAGCACCUCAGGAGGAGGCUUCUCUCAGCAAUAGGCUCAAGACGUAUGCCAACUUCCCAGAAGCACCUCAGGAGGAGGCUUCUCUCAGCAAUAGGCUCAAGACGUAUGCCAACCUCCCAGAAGCACCUCAGGAGGAGGCUUCUCUCAGCAAUAGGCUCAAGACGUAUGCCAACUUCCCAGAAGAACCUCAGGUGGAGGCUUCUCUCAGCAAUAGGCUCAAGACGUAUGCCAACUUCCCAGAAGCACCUCAGGAGGAGGCUUCUCUCAGCAAUAGGCUCAAGACGUAUGCCAACUUCCCAGAAGCACCACAGGAGGAGGCUUCUCUCAGCAAUAGGCUCAAGACGUAUGCCAACUUCCCAGAAGCACCACAGGAGGAGGCUUCUCUCAGCAAUAGGCUCAAGACGUAUGCCAACUUCCCAGAAGCACCUCAGGAGGAGGCUUCUCUCAGCAAUAGGCUCAACACGUAUGCCAACUUCCCAGAAUCACCUCAGGAGGAGGCUUCUCUCAGCAAUAGGCUCAAGACGUAUGCCAACUUCCCAGAAGCACCUCAGGAGGAGGCUUCUCUCAGCAAUAGGCUCAAGACGUAUGCCAACUUCCCAGAAGCACCACAGGAGGAGGCUUCUCUCAGCAAUAGGCUCAAGACGUAUGCCAACUUCCCAGAAGCACCACAGGAGGAGGCUUCUCUCAGCAAUAGGCUCAAGACGUAUGCCAACUUCCCAGAAGCACCUCAGGAGGAGGCUUCUCUCAGCAAUAGGCUCAAGACGUAUGCCAACUUCCCAGAAUCACCUCAGGAGGAGGCUUCUCUCAGCAAUAGGCUCAAGACGUAUGCCAACUUCCCAGAAGCACCUCAGGAGGAGGCUUCUCUCAGCAAUAGGCUCAAGACGUAUGCCAACUUCCCAGAAGCACCUCAGGAGGAGGCUUCUCUCAGCAAUAGGCUCAAGACGUAUGCCAACUUCCCAGAAGCACCACAGGAGGAGGCUUCUCUCAGCAAUAGGCUCAAGACGUAUGCCAACUUCCCAGAAGCACCUCAGGAGGAGGCUUCUCUCAGCAAUAGGCUCAAGACGUAUGCCAACUUCCCAGAAGCACCUCAGGAGGAGGCUUCUCUCAGCAAUAGGCUCAAGACGUAUGCCAACUUCCCAGAAGCACCUCAGGAGGAGGCUUCUCUCAGCAAUAGGCUCAAGACGUAUGCCAACUUCCCAGAAGCACCUCAGGAGGAGGCUUCUCUCAGCAAUAGGCUCAAGACGUAUGCCAACUUCCCAGAAGCACCACAGGAGGAGGCUUCUAUCAGCAAUAGGCUCAAGACGUAUGCCAACUUCCCAGAAGCACCUCAGGAGGAGGCUUCUCUCAGCAAUAGGCUCAAGACGUAUGCCAACUUCCCAGAAGCACCUCAGGAGGAGGCUUCUCUCAGCAAUAGGCUCAAGACGUAUGCCAACUUCCCAGAAGCACCACAGGAGGAGGCUUCUCUCAGCAAUAGGCUCAAGACGUAUGCCAACUUCCCAGAAGCACCACAGGAGGAGGCUUCUCUCAGCAAUAGGCUCAAGACGUAUGCCAACUUCCCAGAAGCACCACAGGAGGAGGCUUCUCUCAGCAAUAGGCUCAAGACGUAUGCCAACUUCCCAGAAGCACCUCAGGAGGAGGCUUCUCUCAGCAAUAGGUUCAAGACGUAUGCCAACUUCCCAGAAGCACCACAGGAGGAGGCUUCUAUCAGCAAUAGGCUCAAGACGUAUGCCAACUUCCCAGAAGCACCUCAGGAGGAGGCUUCUCUCAGCAAUAGGCUCAAGACGUAUGCCAACUUCCCAGAAGCACCUCAGGAGGAGGCUUCUCUCAGCAAUAGGCUCAAGACGUAUGCCAACUUCCCAGAAGCACCACAGGAGGAGGCUUCUCUCAGCAAUAGGCUCAAGACGUAUGCCAACUUCCCAGAAGCACCACAGGAGGAGGCUUCUCUCAGCAAUAGGCUCAAGACGAAUGCCAACUUCCCAGAAGCAACUCAGGAGGAGGCUUCUCUCAGCAAUAGGCUCAAGACGUAUGCCAACUUUCCAGAAGCACCUCAGGAGGAGGCUGCUCUCAGCAAUAGGCUCAAGACGUAUGCCAAUUUCCCAGAAGCACCUCAGGAGGAGGCUUCUCUCAGCAAUAGGCUCAAGACGUAUGCCAACUUCCCAGAAGCACCACAGGAGGAGGCUUCUCUCAGCAAUAGGCUCAAGACGUAUGCCAACUUCCCAGAAGCACCUCAGGAGGAGGCUUCUCUCAGCAAUAGGCUCAAGACGUAUGCCAAUUUCCCAGAAGCACCUCAGGAGGAGGCUUCUCUCAGCAAUAGGCUCAAGACGUAUGCCAACUUCCCAGAAGCACCACAGGAGGAGGCUUCUCUCAGCAAUAGGCUCAAGACGUAUGCCAACUUCCCAGAAGCACCUCAGGAGGAGGCUUCUCUCAGCAAUAGGCUAAAGACGUAUGCCAACUUUCCAGAAGCACCUCAGGAGGAGGCUGCUCUCAGCAAUAGGCUCAAGACGUAUGCCAAUUUCCCAGAAGCACCUCAGGAGGAGGCUUCUCUCAGCAAUAGGCUCAAGACGUAUGCCAACUUCCCAGAAGCACCACAGGAGGAGGCUUCUCUCAGCAAUAGGCUCAAGACGUAUGCCAACUUUCCAGAAGCACCUCAGGAGGAGGCUGCUCUCAGCAAUAGGCUCAAGACGUAUGCCAAUUUCCCAGAAGCACCUCAGGAGGAGGCUUCUCUCAGCAAUAGGCUCAAGACGUAUGCCAACUUCCCAGAAGCACCACAGGAGGAGGCUUCUCUCAGCAAUAGGCUCAAGACGUAUGCCAACUUCCCAGAAGCACCUCAGGAGGAGGCUUCUCUCAGCAAUAGGCUCAAGACAUAUGCCAACUUCCCAGAAGCACCUCAGGAGGAGGCUUCUCUCAGCAAUAGGCUCAAGACGUAUGCCAACUUCCCAGAAGCACCUCAGGAGGAGGCUUCUCUCAGCAAUAGGCUCAAGACGUAUGCCAACUUCCCAGAAGCACCACAGGAGGAGGCUUCUAUCAGCAAUAGGCUCAAGACGUAUGCCAACUUCCCAGAAGCACCUCAGGAGGAGGCUUCUCUCAGCAAUAGGCUUAAGACGUAUGCCAACUCCCCAGAAGCACCUCAGGAGGAGGCUUCUCUCAGCAAUAGGCUCAAGACGUAUGCCAACUUCCCAGAAGCACCACAGGAGGAGGCUUCUAUCAGCAAUAGGCUCAAGACGUAUGCCAACUUCCCAGAAGCACCUCAGGAGGAGGCUUCUCUCAGCAAUAGGCUCAAGACGUAUGCCAACUUCCCAGAAGCACCUCAGGAGGAGGCUUCUCUCAGCAAUAGGCUCAAGACGUAUGCCAACUUCCCAGAAGCACCUCAGGAGGAGGCUUCUCUCAGCAAUAGGCUCAAGACGUAUGCCAACUUCCCAGAAGCACCUCAGGAGGAGGCUUCUCUCAGCAAUAGGCUCAAGACGUAUGCCAACUUCCCAGAAGCACCUCAGGAGGAGGCUUCUCUCAGCAAUAGGCUCAAGACGUAUGCCAACUUCCCAGAAGCACCACAGGAGGAGGCUUCUCUCAGCAAUAGGCUCAAGACGUAUGCCAACUUCCCAGAAGCACCACAGGAGGAGGCUUCUCUCAGCAAUAGGCUCAAGACGUAUGCCAACUUCCCAGAAGCACCACAGGAGGAGGCUUCUCUCAGCAAUAGGCUCAAGACGUAUGCCAACUUCCCAGAAGCACCUCAGGAGGAGGCUUCUCUCAGCAAUAGGCUCAAGACGUAUGCCAACUUCCCAGAAGCACCUCAGGAGGAGGCUUCUCUCAGCAAUAGGCUCAAGACGUAUGCCAAUUUCCCAGAAGCACCUCAGGAGGAGGCUUCUCUCAGCAAUAGGCUCAAGACGUAUGCCAACUUCCCAGAAGCACCUCAGGAGGAGGCUUCUCUCAGCAAUAGGCUCAAGACGUAUGCCAACUUCCCAGAAGCACCUCAGGAGGAGGCUUCUCUCAGCAAUAGGCUCAAGACGUAUGCCAACUUCCCAGAAGCACCACAGGAGGAGGCUUCUAUCAGCAAUAGGCAACUCCAGAGAUGCCCCGAGAACACUGUCCCAAGUCUAGAGGAACACCAACUUCAGCACAGCAACUCGAGGAAUGCUCCGUGUACCCCAAAUCGUCUCGAGAUGCGAGCUGAUUCCUGGCUUAGGCUCAAGACGUAUGCCAACUUCCCAGAAGCACCUCAGGAGGAGGCUUCUCUCAGCAAUAGGCUCAAGACGUAUGCCAACUUCCCAGAAGCACCACAGGAGGAGGCUUCUCUCAGCAAUAGGCUCAAGACGUAUGCCAACUUCCCAGAAGCACCUCAGGAGGAGGCUUCUCUCAGCAAUAGGCUCAAGACGUAUGCCAACUUCCCAGAAGCACCUCAGGAGGAGGCUUCUCUCAGCAAUAGGCUCAAGACGUAUGCCAAUUUCCCAGAAGCACCUCAGGAGGAGGCUUCUCUCAGCAAUAGGCUCAAGACGUAUGCCAACUUCCCAGAAGCACCUCAGGAGGAGGCUUCUCUCAGCAAUAGGCUCAAGACGUAUGCCAACUUCCCAGAAGCACCUCAGGAGGAGGCUUCUCUCAGCAAUAGGCUCAAGACGUAUGCCAACUUCCCAGAAGCACCACAGGAGGAGGCUUCUAUCAGCAAUAGGCUCAAGACGUAUGCCAACUUCCCAGAAGCACCUCAGGAGGAGGCUUCUCUCAGCAAUAGGCUCAAGACGUAUGCCAACUUCCCAGAAGCACCUCAGGAGGAGGCUUCUCUCAGCAAUAGGCUCAAGACGUAUGCCAACUUCCCAGAAGCACCUCAGGAGGAGGCUUCUCUCAGCAAUAGGCUCAAGACGUAUGCCAACUUCCCAGAAGCACCUCAGGAGGAGGCUUCUCUCAGCAAUAGGCUCAAGACGUAUGCCAACUUCCCAGAAGCACCUCAGGAGGAGGCUUCUCUCAGCAAUAGGCUCAAGACGUAUGCCAACUUCCCAGAAGCACCUCAGGAGGAGGCUUCUCUCAGCAAUAGGCUCAAGACGUAUGCCAAUUUCCCAGAAGCACCUCAGGAGGAGGCUUCUCUCAGCAAUAGGCUCAAGACGUAUGCCAACUUCCCAGAAGCACCACAGGAGGAGGCUUCUCUCAGCAAUAGGCUCAAGACGUAUGCCAACUUCCCAGAAGCACCUCAGGAGGAGGCUUCUCUCAGCAAUAGGCUCAAGACGUAUGCCAACUUCCCAGGAGCACCUCAGGAGGAGGCUUCUCUCAGCAAUAGGCUCAAAACGUAUGCCAACUUCCCAGAAGCACCUCAGGAGGAGGCUUCUCUCAGCAAUAGGCUCAAGACGUAUGCCAACUUCCCAGAAGCACCUCAGGAGGAGGCUUCUCUCAGCAAUAGGCUCAAGACGUAUGCCAACUUCCCAGAAGCAACACAGGAGGAGGCUUCUCUCAGCAAUAGGCUCAAGACGUAUGCCAACUUCCCAGAAGCACCUCAGGAGGAGACUUCUCUCAGCAAUAGGCUCAAGACGUAUGCCAACUUCCCAGAAGCACCUCAGGAGGAGGCUUCUCUCAGCAAUAGGCUCAAGACGUAUGCCAACUCCCCAGAAGCACCACAGGAGGAGGCUUCUCUCAGCAAUAGGCUCAAGACGUAUGCCAACUUCCCAGAAGCACCUCAGGAGGAGGCUUCUCUCAGCAAUAGGCUCAAGACGUAUGCCAACUUCCCAGAAGCACCACAGGAGGAGGCUUCUAUCAGCAAUAGGCUCAAGACGUAUGCCAACUUCCCAGAAGCACCUCAGGAGGAGGCUUCUCUCAGCAAUAGGCUCAAGACGUAUGCCAACUUCCCAGAAGCACCUCAGGAGGAGGCUUCUCUCAGCAAUAGGCUCAAGACGUAUGCCAACUUCCCAGAAGCACCUCAGGAGGAGGCUUCUCUCAGCAAUAGGCUCAAGACGUAUGCCAACUUCCCAGAAGCACCACAGGAGGAGGCUUCUAUCAGCAAUAGGCUCAAGACGUAUGCCAACUUCCCAGAAGCACCUCAGGAGGAGGCUUCUCUCAGCAAUAGGCUCAAGACGUAUGCCAACUUCCCAGAAGCACCACAGGAGGAGGCUUCUAUCAGCAAUAGGCUCAAGACGUAUGCCAACUUCCCAGAAGCACCUCAGGAGGAGGCUUCUCUCAGCAAUAGGCUCAAGACGUAUGCCAACUUCCCAGAAGCACCUCAGGAGGAGGCUUCUCUCAGCAAUAGGCUCAAGACGUAUGCCAACUUCCCAGAAGCACCUCAGGAGGAGGCUUCUCUCAGCAAUAGGCUCAAGACGUAUGCCAACUUCCCAGAAGCACCUCAGGAGGAGGCUUCUCUCAGCAAUAGGCUCAAGACGUAUGCCAACUUCCCAGAAGCACCUCAGGAGGAGGCUUCUCUCAGCAAUAGGCUCAAGACGUAUGCCAACUUCCCAGAAGCACCACAGGAGGAGGCUUCUAUCAGCAAUAGGCUCAAGACGUAUGCCAACUUCCCAGAAGCACCACAGGAGGAGGCUUCUCUCAGCAAUAGGCUCAAGACGUAUGCCAACUUCCCAGAAGCACCUCAGGAGGAGGCUUCUCUCAGCAAUAGGCUCAAGACGUAUGCCAACUUCCCAGAAGCACCUCAGGAGGAGGCUUCUCUCAGCAAUAGGCUCAAGACGUAUGCCAACUUCCCAGAAGCACCACAGGAGGAGGCUUCUAUCAGCAAUAGGCUCAAGACGUAUGCCAACUUCCCAGAAGCACCUCAGGAGGAGGCUUCUCUCAGCAAUAGGCUCAAGACGUAUGCCAACUUCCCAGAAGCACCACAGGAGGAGGCUUCUAUCAGCAAUAGGCUCAAGACGUAUGCCAACUUCCCAGAAGCACCUCAGGAGGAGGCUUCUCUCAGCAAUAGGCUCAAGACGUAUGCCAACUUCCCAGAAGCACCUCAGGAGGAGGCUUCUCUCAGCAAUAGGCUCAAGACGUAUGACAACUUCCCAGAAGCACCACAGGAGGAGGCUUCUAUCAGCAAUAGGCUCAAGACGUAUGCCAACUUCCCAGAAGCACCUCAGGAGGAGGCUUCUCUCAGCAAUAGGCUCAAGACGUAUGCCAACUUCCCAGAAGCACCUCAGGAGGAGGCUUCUCUCAGCAAUAGGCUCAAGACGUAUGCCAACUUCCCAGAAGCACCUCAGGAGGAGGCUUCUCUCAGCAAUAGGCUCAAGACGUAUGCCAACUUCCCAGAAGCACCUCAGGAGGAGGCUUCUAUCAGCAAUAGGCUCAAGACGUAUGCCAACUUCCCAGAAGCACCUCAGGAGGAGGCUUCUCUCAGCAAUAGGCUCAAGACGUAUGCCAACUUCCCAGAAGCACCACAGGAGGAGGCUUCUAUCAGCAAUAGGCUCAAGACGUAUGCCAACUUCCCAGAAGCACCUCAGGAGGAGGCUUCUCUCAGCAAUAGGCUCAAGACGUAUGCCAACUUCCCAGAAGCACCACAGGAGGAGGCUUCUAUCAGCAAUAGGCUCAAGACGUAUGCCAACUUCCCAGAAGCACCUCAGGAGGAGGCUUCUCUCAGCAAUAGGCUCAAGACGUAUGCCAACUUCCCAGAAGCACCUCAGGAGGAGGCUUCUCUCAGCAAUAGGCUCAAGACGUAUGCCAACUUCCCAGAAGCACCACAGGAGGAGGCUUCUAUCAGCAAUAGGCUCAAGACGUAUGCCAACUUCCCAGAAGCACCUCAGGAGGAGGCUUCUCUCAGCAAUAGGCUCAAGACGUAUGCCAACUUCCCAGAAGCACCACAGGAGGAGGCUUCUAUCAGCAAUAGGCUCAAGACGUAUGCCAACUUCCCAGAAGCACCUCAGGAGGAGGCUUCUCUCAGCAAUAGGCUCAAGACGUAUGCCAACUUCCCAGAAGCACCACAGGAGGAGGCUUCUAUCAGCAAUAGGCUCAAGACGUAUGCCAACUUCCCAGAAGCACCUCAGGAGGAGGCUUCUCUCAGCAAUAGGCUCAAGACGUAUGCCAACUUCCCAGAAGCACCUCAGGAGGAGGCUUCUCUCAGCAAUAGGCUCAAGACGUAUGCCAACUUCCCAGAAGCACCACAGGAGGAGGCUUCUAUCAGCAAUAGGCUCAAGACGUAUGCCAACUUCCCAGAAGCACCUCAGGAGGAGGCUUCUCUCAGCAAUAGGCUCAAGACGUAUGCCAACUUCCCAGAAGCACCUCAGGAGGAGGCUUCUAUCAGCAAUAGGCUCAAGACGUAUGCCAACUUCCCAGAAGCACCACAGGAGGAGGCUUCUAUCAGCAAUAGGCUCAAGACGUAUGCCAACUUCCCAGAAGCACCUCAGGAGGAGGCUUCUCUCAGCAAUAGGCUCAAGACGUAUGCCAACUUCCCAGAAGCACCACAGGAGGAGGCUUCUAUCAGCAAUAGGCUCAAGACGUAUGCCAACUUCCCAGAAGCACCUCAGGAGGAGGCUUCUCUCAGCAAUAGGCUCAAGACGUAUGCCAACUUCCCAGAAGCACCUCAGGAGGAGGCUUCUCUCAGCAAUAGGCUCAAGACGUAUGCCAACUUCCCAGAAGCACCACAGGAGGAGGCUUCUAUCAGCAAUAGGCUCAAGACGUAUGCCAACUUCCCAGAAGCACCUCAGGAGGAGGCUUCUCUCAGCAAUAGGCUCAAGACGUAUGCCAACUUCCCAGAAGCACCACAGGAGGAGGCUUCUAUCAGCAAUAGGCUCAAGACGUAUGCCAACUUCCCAGAAGCACCUCAGGAGGAGGCUUCUCUCAGCAAUAGGCUCAAGACGUAUGCCAACUUCCCAGAAGCACCUCAGGAGGAGGCUUCUCUCAGCAAUAGGCUCAAGACGUAUGCCAACUUCCCAGAAGCACCUCAGGAGGAGGCUUCUCUCAGCAAUAGGCUCAAGACGUAUGCCAACUUCCCAGAAGCACCUCAGGAGGAGGCUUCUCUCAGCAAUAGGCUCAAGACGUAUGCCAACUUCCCAGAAGCACCACAGGAGGAGGCUUCUCUCAGCAAUAGGCUCAAGACGUAUGCCAACUUCCCAGAAGCACCUCAGGAGGAGGCUUCUCUCAGCAAUAGGCUCAAGACGUAUGCCAACUUCCCAGAAGCACCACAGGAGGAGGCUUCUAUCAGCAAUAGGCUCAAGACGUAUGCCAACUUCCCAGAAGCACCACAGGAGGAGGCUUCUCUCAGCAAUAGGCUCAAGACGUAUGCCAACUUCCCAGAAGCACCUCAGGAGGAGGCUUCUCUCAGCAAUAGGCUCAAGACGUAUGCCAACUUCCCAGAAGCACCUCAGGAGGAGGCUUCUCUCAGCAAUAGGCUCAAGACGUAUGCCAACUUCCCAGAAGCACCACAGGAGGAGGCUUCUAUCAGCAAUAGGCUCAAGACGUAUGCCAACUUCCCAGAAGCACCACAGGAGGAGGCUUCUCUCAGCAAUAGGCUCAAGACGUAUGCCAACUUCCCAGAAGCACCUCAGGAGGAGGCUUCUCUCAGCAAUAGGCUCAAGACGUAUGCCAACUUCCCAGAAGCACCUCAGGAGGAGGCUUCUCUCAGCAAUAGGCUCAAGACGUAUGCCAACUUCCCAGAAGCACCUCAGGAGGAGGCUUCUCUCAGCAAUAGGCUCAAGACGUAUGCCAACUUCCCAGAAGCACCUCAGGAGGAGGCUUCUCUCAGCAAUAGGCUCAAGACGUAUGCCAACUUCCCAGAAGCACCUCAGGAGGAGGCUUCUCUCAGCAAUAGGCUCAAGACGUAUGCCAACUUCCCAGAAGCACCUCAGGAGGAGGCUUCUCUCAGCAAUAGGCUCAAGACGUAUGCCAACUUCCCAGAAGCACCACAGGAGGAGGCUUCUAUCAGCAAUAGGCUCAAGACGUAUGCCAACUUCCCAGAAGCACCUCAGGAGGAGGCUUCUCUCAGCAAUAGGCUCAAGACGUAUGCCAACUUCCCAGAAGCACCUCAGGAGGAGGCUUCUCUCAGCAAUAGGCUCAAGACGUAUGCCAACUUCCCAGAAGCACCACAGGAGGAGGCUUCUAUCAGCAAUAGGCUCAAGACGUAUGCCAACUUCCCAGAAGCACCUCAGGAGGAGGCUUCUCUCAGCAAUAGGCUCAAGACGUAUGCCAACUUCCCAGAAGCACCUCAGGAGGAGGCUUCUCUCAGCAAUAGGCUCAAGACGUAUGCCAACUUCCCAGAAGCACCUCAGGAGGAGGCUUCUCUCAGCAAUAGGCUCAAGACGUAUGCCAACUUCCCAGAAGCACCACAGGAGGAGGCUUCUCUCAGCAAUAGGCUCAAGACGUAUGCCAACUUCCCAGAAGCACCACAGGAGGAGGCUUCUAUCAGCAAUAGGCUCAAGACGUAUGCCAACUUCCCAGAAGCACCUCAGGAGGAGGCUUCUCUCAGCAAUAGGCUCAAGACGUAUGCCAACUUCCCAGAAGCACCUCAGGAGGAGGCUUCUCUCAGCAAUAGGCUCAAGACGUAUGCCAACUUCCCAGAAGCACCUCAGGAGGAGGCUUCUCUCAGCAAUAGGCUCAAGACGUAUGCCAACUUCCCAGAAGCACCACAGGAGGAGGCUUCUCUCAGCAAUAGGCUCAAGACGUAUGCCAACUUCCCAGAAGCACCUCAGGAGGAGGCUUCUCUCAGCAAUAGGCUCAAGACGUAUGCCAACUUCCCAGAAGCACCACAGGAGGAGGCUUCUCUCAGCAAUAGGCUCAAGACGUAUGCCAACUUCCCAGAAGCACCACAGGAGGAGGCUUCUCUCAGCAAUAGGCUCAAGACGUAUGCCAACUUCCCAGAAGCACCUCAGGAGGAGGCUUCUCUCAGCAAUAGGCUCAAGACGUAUGCCAACUUCCCAGAAGCACCUCAGGAGGAGGCUUCUCUCAGCAAUAGGCUCAAGACGUAUGCCAAUUUCCCAGAAGCACCUCAGGAGGAGGCUUCUCUCAGCAAUAGGCUCAAGACGUAUGCCAACUUCCCAGAAGCACCACAGGAGGAGGCUUCUCUCAGCAAUAGGCUCAAGACGUAUGCCAACUUCCCAGAAGCACCUCAGGAGGAGGCUUCUCUCAGCAAUAGGCUCAAAACGUAUGCCAACUUCCCAGAAGCACCUCAGGAGGAGGCUUCUCUCAGCAAUAGGCUCAAGACAUAUGCCAACUUCCCAGAAGCACCUCAGGAGGAGGCUUCUCUCAGCAAUAGGCUCAAGACGUAUGCCAACUUCCCAGAAGCACCUCAGGAGGAGACUUCUCUCAGCAAUAGGCUCAAGACGUAUGCCAACUUCCCAGAAGCACCUCAGGAGGAGGCUUCUCUCAGCAAUAGGCUCAAGACGUAUGCCAACUCCCCAGAAGCACCACAGGAGGAGGCUUCUCUCAGCAAUAGGCUCAAGACGUAUGCCAACUUCCCAGAAGCACCUCAGGAGGAGGCUUCUCUCAGCAAUAGGCUCAAGACGUAUGCCAACUUCCCAGAAGCACCUCAGGAGGAGGCUUCUCUCAGCAAUAGGCUCAAGACGUAUGCCAACUUCCCAGAAGCACCACAGGAGGAGGCUUCUCUCAGCAAUAGGCUCAAGACGUAUGCCAACUUCCCAGAAGCACCACAGGAGGAGGCUUCUAUCAGCAAUAGGCUCAAGACGUAUGCCAACUUCCCAGAAGCACCACAGGAGGAGGCUUCUAUCAGCAAUAGGCUCAAGACGUAUGCCAACUUCCCAGAAGCACCUCAGGAGGAGGCUUCUCUCAGCAAUAGGCUCAAGACGUAUGCCAACUUCCCAGAAGCACCACAGGAGGAGGCUUCUAUCAGCAAUAGGCUCAAGACGUAUGCCAACUUCCCAGAAGCACCUCAGGAGGAGGCUUCUCUCAGCAAUAGGCUCAAGACGUAUGCCAACUUCCCAGAAGCACCUCAGGAGGAGGCUUCUCUCAGCAAUAGGCUCAAGACGUAUGCCAACUUCCCAGAAGCACCUCAGGAGGAGGCUUCUCUCAGCAAUAGGCUCAAGACGUAUGCCAACUUCCCAGAAGCACCUCAGGAGGAGGCUUCUCUCAGCAAUAGGCUCAAGACGUAUGCCAACUUCCCAGAAGCACCACAGGAGGAGGCUUCUCUCAGCAAUAGGCUCAAGACGUAUGCCAACUUCCCAGAAGCACCUCAGGAGGAGGCUUCUCUCAGCAAUAGGCUCAAGACGUAUGCCAACUUCCCAGAAGCACCACAGGAGGAGGCUUCUAUCAGCAAUAGGCUCAAGACGUAUGCCAACUUCCCAGAAGCACCACAGGAGGAGGCUUCUCUCAGCAAUAGGCUCAAGACGUAUGCCAACUUCCCAGAAGCACCUCAGGAGGAGGCUUCUCUCAGCAAUAGGCUCAAGACGUAUGCCAACUUCCCAGAAGCACCUCAGGAGGAGGCUUCUCUCAGCAAUAGGCUCAAGACGUAUGCCAACUUCCCAGAAGCACCUCAGGAGGAGGCUUCUCUCAGCAAUAGGCUCAAGACGUAUGCCAACUUCCCAGAAGCACCUCAGGAGGAGGCUUCUCUCAGCAAUAGGCUCAAGACGUAUGCCAACUUCCCAGAAGCACCUCAGGAGGAGGCUUCUCUCAGCAAUAGGCUCAAGACGUAUGCCAACUUCCCAGAAGCACCUCAGGAGGAGGCUUCUCUCAGCAAUAGGCUCAAGACGUAUGCCAACUUCCCAGAAGCACCACAGGAGGAGGCUUCUAUCAGCAAUAGGCUCAAGACGUAUGCCAACUUCCCAGAAGCACCUCAGGAGGAGGCUUCUCUCAGCAAUAGGCUCAAGACGUAUGCCAACUUCCCAGAAGCACCUCAGGAGGAGGCUUCUCUCAGCAAUAGGCUCAAGACGUAUGCCAACUUCCCAGAAGCACCUCAGGAGGAGGCUUCUCUCAGCAAUAGGCUCAAGACGUAUGCCAACUUCCCAGAAGCACCUCAGGAGGAGGCUUCUCUCAGCAAUAGGCUCAAGACGUAUGCCAACUUCCCAGAAGCACCUCAGGAGGAGGCUUCUCUCAGCAAUAGGCUCAAGACGUAUGCCAACUUCCCAGAAGCACCUCAGGAGGAGGCUUCUCUCAGCAAUAGGCUCAAGACGUAUGCCAACUUCCCAGAAGCACCUCAGGAGGAGGCUUCUCUCAGCAAUAGGCUCAAGACGUAUGCCAACUUCCCAGAAGCACCUCAGGAGGAGGCUUCUCUCAGCAAUAGGCUCAAGACGUAUGCCAACUUCCCAGAAGCACCACAGGAGGAGGCUUCUAUCAGCAAUAGGCUCAAGACGUAUGCCAACUUCCCAGAAGCACCUCAGGAGGAGGCUUCUCUCAGCAAUAGGCUCAAGACGUAUGCCAACUUCCCAGAAGCACCACAGGAGGAGGCUUCUAUCAGCAAUAGGCUCAAGACGUAUGCCAACUUCCCAGAAGCACCUCAGGAGGAGGCUUCUCUCAGCAAUAGGCUCAAGACGUAUGCCAACUUCCCAGAAGCACCUCAGGAGGAGGCUUCUCUCAGCAAUAGGCUCAAGACGUAUGCCAACUUCCCAGAAGCACCUCAGGAGGAGGCUUCUCUCAGCAAUAGGCUCAAGACGUAUGCCAACUUCCCAGAAGCACCACAGGAGGAGGCUUCUAUCAGCAAUAGGCUCAAGACGUAUGCCAACUUUCCAGACGCACCUCAGGAGGAGGCUUCUCUCAGCAAUAGGCUCAAGACGUAUGCCAACUUUCCAGACGCACCUCAGGAGGAGGCUUCUCUCAGCAAUAGGCUCAAGACGUAUGCCAACUUUCCAGACGCACCUCAGGAGGAGGCUUCUCUCAGCAAUAGGCUCAAGACGUAUGCCAACUUUCCAGACGCACCUCAGGAGGAGGCUUCUCUCAGCAAUAG